AAGUUUAAYAAGUAAUCAACAGUGUUUAUAACUUAUAAGCAUAAGACAUAACCUCCUACAGGCUACAAUCAUACAGUGCACUACAGGUACAACUAUAGUCUAUAGGCAUUAGGCUAUAGUCUAUAUUCUAUAUGAUUACAGGCUAAAAUAUCCAUAAAGAUAAUAAAUUAUCAAAAUCAAGGCUGAAUAGUGAAUAUUUUUGAACAUAAACAUAAACAUAACCUAAAACAUUUACUGAUAAAUAGAAUACAGAAACCACGGACRUGACAGAAACCAAAGCUAAAAAAAAUAAAAAUAAAACGUAAUUACCUACUUAUAUUCUAUAUUUCUAUUAUCAAUGUUGAAUAUUAUUAUCAUAAAGUCGAACAAGACGUAUUCUGUGUGAUUGUAUUAGUAUAAUUUAUUAUUGUUUUGAAUUGAGGUAAUAAACUAUUAAUUAAUAGUUAACAGUUGGUGAAUUAAUAAAACAUUACAGUUUAAWCUGUUAUAAGAUUUUCAAUGAAGUGAUCCCUUACUAAUAAAAAUGCCGUCGAAACAGAGAAAAAUUGCUAUUAUGGGCUAUCGAUCAGUCGGUAAAUCGUCAUUGAGUAUACAGUUUGUUGAGGGACAGUUUGUCGACUCCUAUGAUCCAACAAUUGAAAACACUUUUAUGAAAACAACCAAAGUUAACAAUCAAGAAUAUGACCUGAAAUUAGUCGAUACAGCUGGACAAGACGAGUACUCAAUAUUACCUACACAAUAUUCAAUGGACAUUCAUGGAUAUGUUUUAGUCUAUAGUAUUACAUCACCAAAAUCUUUUGAAAUCAUUCAGAUAAUUUAUGAUAAAUUAUUAGAUAUGACUGGUAAAGUACAUGUUCCUGUAGUAUUGGUAGGCAAUAAAAAAGACUUGCAUAUGAACCGUGUUGUUACACAAGAGGAAGGACGGAAAUUAGCAGAUUCUUGGAAAGCCGUAUUUCUUGAAGCUUCAGCCAAGCAGAAUGAGGUAACAUCAAAAAAAUGUGUAGCUGAUAUAUUUCAUACUAUACUAAUGGAAAUUGAAAAAGCAAACGGAAAUACUGUUCAAGAAAAUAAUAAAUGCAGUAUAUCAUGAAAAUAUAAAAUCCAUUUCAAUUACUUAUUUAUUU